AGAGACACAGAAGAGCAUUUCUGCAGCCGACAGAAGGAACAUUUUUGGUAGAAACACAAAAGCAUAUUUUGCAGGUCUUUGCCAUAACAUCGGAUUGCUAAAUUGUCUGAUUAGAAACAGCAAACCCACAAAUAAAAAAGCUUGGAUCUUUUUCGGAAGAAGAGAUCUUCUAAUGGGUGUUGUUAGUAUUCCUGAGUCGAAGCAACUUAUUUCUGGGAAAAGAGUAUUUCGUCCAAGCUCCAGCAUCAGACACACUCCUCAAUGGCCGGUCUCGGAUGUUACGAGUGACUUAACCAUAGAAGUCGGCUCUGCAACCUUUUCUCUUCACAAGUUUCCUCUCGUCUCUCGGAGUGGAAGAAUUAGGAAGCUUCUUAUGGAUUCAAAAGAAACAAAGAACGCUUAUCACCUGAACCUAACCGCAGUUCCCGGCGGCUCAGAGGCGUUUGAGCUCGCCGCGAAAUUCUGCUACGGCAUCGUCCUCCAAUUCACCUCUUCGAACAUCGCAGCGUUGAGAUGCGUGGCUCAUUACCUGGAGAUGACAGAGGAAUUGUCGGAGAAGAAUCUCGAGGCGAGAACAGAGGCUUACCUUAAAGACUCGAUUUUUAACGACAUCUCUCACUCCAUAACCGUUCUUCACUCCAUCGAGAAGCUAUUACCUGUAGCUGAAGAGAUUAACCUCGUUGGGAGGCUCGUGAACGCGAUCGCUGUAAACGCUUGCAAAGAACAGCUCGUGUCUGGUCUCCUCAAGCUUGAUCAGAAAUUCGGCUGCGUCACGGGGAGAUUAGUAGCGACAGAGAUGGAGAAACCCUCUGAUUGGUGGGGAAGGUCUCUGCCUAUCCUCAAGCUCGAUUUCUUCCAGAGAGUCGUCUCCGCCAUGAAAUCCAAAGGGCUUGAUCAUGAGAUCAUCAGCGAGAUCCUUAUGAGCUACGCUCGGAAGUCACUGCAGAUCAUCAGAGAACCGAGUCUCGUCAAAGGAAAUGCGAUUCUUGAUUCGGAUCUUCAGAAGAAGCAACGAAUCAUCCUCGAAGCGAUCGUGGCGCUUCUCCCUACGCAGGCGAACAAAAGCUCGAUACCGAUCUCGUUCUUGUCAAGCUUGUUGAAGACAGCUAUAGGAUCUUCGACCUCUGUUUCUUGCAGAUCGGAUCUUGAGAGAAGGAUAAGUCACCAGCUUGACCAAGCGAUUCUUGAAGAUAUUCUGAUUCCGGCGAGCGUCGUCGGUGGUGCCAUGUACGAUACCGACUCGGUGCAGAGAAUCUUCUCCAUGUUCUUGAAUCUUGAUGAGUGUGACUACGAAGACGAUGUUGUUGACGAGAGCGAGAUGGCUAUGUACGAUUUCGAAGGGCCUGAGUCUCCGAAACAGAGCUCAAUCUUCAAAGUGUCUAAACUGAUGGAUAGUUACCUAGCUGAGGUGGCUCUCGACUCGAGCCUCUCUCCUUCUAAGUUCGUAGCUCUCGCUGAGCUUCUCCCUGACCAUGCUCGUGUCGUCUGCGAUGGUCUUUACCGAGCCAUUGAUAUCUUCCUCAAGGUUCAUCCCAACAUGAAAGACUCAGAGCGUUACCGUCUCUGCAAGACAAUCAGCUGUCAGAAACUGUCUCAAGACGCAAGCAGCCACGCGGCACAGAACGAGAGGCUUCCCAUCCAAAUCGCUGUUCAAGUCUUGUUCUACGAACAGACUCGGCUCAAGAACACGAUGACAAGCGGAGGCGGUAACGGUCUAGGCGGUUCGAGCCAGAGCCAGUUCUUCUUGUUCCCGGGACAGUUUCCGAACCGCUCGGGAAGCGGUAUGGCGAGUGGAGCGAUCUCUCCGCGAGACAACUACGCGUCUGUGAGGAGAGAGAACAGAGAGCUUAGGCUUGAGGUGGCGAGGAUGAGGAUGAGGCUUACUGAUCUCGAGAAGGACCAUGUUUCGAUGAAGAGAGAAUUCGUGAAGCCGAGCAGGAGAACGCGUUAUGGACUGUUUAGGAAGCUUUCAAGAGGUUUUAACAAGUUGAACGCAAUGGUGUUGAGAUUAAGGAGCAGCCAAAGUGUUGCUAGUAAUGCUAAGCAUACGGAGGAGAAGACGAAUUCGGAGAGACGAUUUAUGUUUCAGAAGAGAAGAUGUCACUCUGUUUCUUGACUUUGUAAUUCUUGAUGCUUUUGUGGUAUUUUGAAGUGAUUGUGUAAAUUUGUAAUUUAUAGAUUGUAUAGGGAGAGAGUUAAUCAUAGUUUUUGGUCUUAGUGA